AUGAGGUCUUUGUCGACGCAAACCACUCAUCGAUUGUCUCCUUUCGUGGCAACUGUUGUGACGAAAAGAGAGGGAAACGUGAGAAAUGUGCGUGUUUUGGUGUUAGAGGUGUUCGCCAUAAACAGCACUCACUUCUCAGUAGAGGUGUUGACACUUGACUUCACGUUUACAUAUAAUGGUUUGAUUGGCGAAGAGAUGGCAAUCAAUAGAUGUAAUAAAGGGUUGGAAUUGAGCGCUAAACUGAUUGGCUUUGAAUCGGUGUCCAAAUCGGUGAAUGUCUUCUACGAUGAGAUCAAUCAACACGUGUUUGUGGUGACCAAUCGAUGCGCAGAUGGAGUGGUCGUCAAAGCCAUGGACGAAAUGAUCGCUCAAUUCAGACUGGAAGACAGAGGGGAUGUGUUGUCCAUCAAGUUCUCGCCGGUCUGCGAUGUGUUGGCCCUCCAGAGGACACCAAACACUGUUGAGUUCAUUAACUUUACAAACGGUCAGCCGAACAGUCAUUACUUCCAGACAUCGAAGACCAAGAAUUGCAAGGUUUUGGGAUUCAUUUGGACCAACACUUAUGAAAUGGUUUUCAUCACAGAUAAUGGGAUAGAGUUUUACCAAAUUCUUAGUGAAAAGCAUUCCGUCAAGUGUUUGAAGACAUUCACUCUUUCGGUCGAAUGGUUUGUAUAUGAGCCUCAGACGUCUGUCCUAUUGGUAGCCAACGGAACGUAUGCUAAUGUCAUACAAGCCUUUCAAUUCAGAGUAAAGUUACUUUUGAAUGCAUUUACGCCGAGUACUGUUUAUAAAUUGUCUAAAUUUGAAGUCGAGUGGAACAGUAAGCAAAAGACACCCAAAACUGGAUUAUAUGAGAGAGAUGUGGCCAUAGCUAACAUAUAUGGUAAAAGCCGUCUAUUAGUCCUUAAACAUCAACCAAUUCUCAAAGAACAAAGUGGUGCUCAUGUGGUUAUCUAUACUUUCGUGAAAGAUUCAGUGCCUCAGAAAACAGACAUUCUACUCGUGCACCUCACGGGUCGGUUCGCAAUCAAUAUAGUCGAUGAUCUGGUUAUAGUCCACCACCAGACCAGUCAGACAUCUCUUGUUUUUGAUAUUAAUUUGCAAUCAAAUGAAAUUAUGGCAAACGUUAAGAUUCAUUACCCCAUUGUCUCGAACUGUACUAUAAAAGAGUUCAAAUUAGAUGAUCAAAUAGACUGUGAAUUAUGUAAGAAUUCUACGGUACAUUCUACAAAUUGGGUUAUAUUUCAACCAAAUAUUAUAAUCGACGCCAGACUCGGGUGUCUCUGGUUUUUGCAAAUCAAUUUGAAAUAUAUAAUUGAAUUCAUUCCAAAUAUUCCACUUUUGGUGGACUUUCUAAUGUUUAGACGAAAUUCAAAGUCAUGUUUACUUAAAGUGAUUAAAGACUCUAUAAUUGGAAACGAAGAAAACCAGAGAAACCCUUUGGGAAACCUAUCGCUUGUAUUCAAUAAAGUGAACGCUGCUUACAAGGAAUCACUCAUAUUAGAGACCACCACAAACCAAAACCAUGUGAACGACUCUAAUAAACUUAAGAUGAAGACAAUUGUUGAUCAAACAGAUGUCUUCUCUGAUGUCUUCACAGUAUUUGAUGAGCAAAACACUCCUUUGGAUCAAAGCCUAAUCGUAUCGAUUCUAUUUGAAUACAUAUAUUCAUUAUCUAUACAUCAGAUUCCGAUUCAAUAUUUUGUAUACGAAUUCCUGAUCAGACAUUUGGUGCGAUCGCAACAGUUCUACCAAAUGCAUCAAUUCCUUCAGUACCACGUCUUCACUGAUUCCAAACCUUUGGCGUGUCUUUUGUUAUCUCUUGAGCCGCACUAUAAAUACGCGGUUCAGUUGGCAUUAGAUAUGUUGAAGAGACUGACCACAGCUAACGAAGAGAUUAUUGAAGUCCUGUUAUCUCAGUACCAGUUGUCACGAGCGCUCAGAUUCAUACAAAGCCACGGAAACAUUGACAGCAUAUCCGCCCGAAAAUUCCUCGAAAUUGCCUACAAUUCAAAUGAUGUGAAACUCUUUUAUUCCGUUUAUAAGUUCUUUGAGUUAAGAAAUCUACGAAUUAGAGGAUCGCCUGCCUUUGCCAGCGGUUAGACACAAGAGUUUAGGUUUUGAUUGAAUUUGAAAAUUUAUUUAUUUGUCUUUUAGGAGAACAUUGCGAGACAUUUAUUGAACAUUUUCAACGACUAUUUGGCACGACUUCUAGUCUCGCAAACAAUGAACAAUUGGUUAAAUAGGG